UAGUAAGCGAGAGGACACAGGGCACUUCUACUACCAAUAGCUGCUUGUUGUACCAUUGAACAAAAUGCCGAUUCCAAUUCCGCCGUUGCGUGCAACCACGGUGGAUGCGGACGUGGAGCAGAUGUUUUUCACCGUCCGCCGCGGCAUCAUCGCGUCGGCCGUGCGCGGCCAGCACGAGAAGCGGAUGUGGCCCUCGGACAAGGAGCACACCUGGUGCGCAACAGCAGAAAAGUGGGAGCGGGAACUUUUCAAUCGGUACCCCCACUGGUCACAGCAACUACCGGAAAAAACAUCCGGGCGUCGACCGAAGACGAGGCCCGGGGGAAGAAGUCCCGUCGGAGGGGCUAAUUUUGAACUGCAAAUGGGGAGAACGAAUUUUGUCGAGCCGGAGAGCUCAAUAUCGAGCCGCAGUCCGUCACCCGAAAGUAGCAGCAUGGACGCGCUGUCACGAACCGUUGCACAGCGGCGGCCGGACGACCAUGCGGGGUUCGACGCGCUUUCGCGAACGGUGGCAGCUCCGGAUAGUGAGGAGGGUGCGGACCACGACCUUUUAGGCCGCACGGUCGGUGCAGCGCAUGACGAGGUGGACCAAAGAGGUUCGUAUGAAGGAGUCGAUCUGCUAUCCCGAACAACAGCCGCGUUCUCACGUUCUCCUUCGAAAAAGGCGGGCUGGAUUGAAGCGGCGCGUAAGUUUUCGAAAGCUUCCGCCGGCGCGGUUCUGACGAGAGCUUCGGACGAAAAUGCCGCACCACUGUCAGUGGAGGAAACCAUGCUGAGUCAAAACAUUUUGGAAGAGAUUUCGGCAAAGAAGAAGAAGAAGGCCGGGCAAGUAGAAGAUUCCGAGAGGGGGCAAGUCCCAGCACCCGGAGCCCCUCCCGCUUCCCCACCGGAGACCCCGGCGGCUAGGAGAAAGCGGGAGCGCGACAAGGACAUUCUCUUCCCGAAUUCCGGCGGCGGCUCUUCGCUGUUUGCCGAUUUCGGGUACUUAAUUCACGUACAUUUGGAGACGCAAAGGCGGUACGAAGAGGCGGAGCUUGCGCGGAAGGUCGAGCUGGGAGGUAGACUGCAAGCGGAGCGUGCUUUAAAAGCGAAGGUGGUCCUGCUCGACCAGACGGAGUCCCUCCGGAGCGAGUACCAGUCGAAAUUCAAGCGCGCGAACUUUUUCCUUUGCAAGGAGCGGUUCAUCCGGUUCUGGAUGUCCAGCGAGUUUCUCAAGCUGCAGGAGCGGUUUGAGGAACUGCAGCGGAAGUACCAGAAAGCCGAAGUGAUGAUCCGGGAGAAAAAACUGCUUGUCGACCAAGUGGUGAAGAAGAAUUCCAGUAUCACCGAAGAGAACAAGCAGAUGUACGAGGAGUACGUGAAGAUGCGCAUCGUGCGGGACAAACAAACCCAAACGGAAGUUUUGCCCGCUUCGGGCGCCGAACUGGAGCCGUUGCGCCGGCGGCCCAGUACCGCAAUGGGGAACCGCGGGUUUGGGAGUGUCAGUCCCGGCAAACGACCGUCGACAAGCGGAGCCGCUGGUGGAGUAGAAGGAGCAACGCCUUCGACUAGUAGUAGACCGGCCUCCAGUAUCCACAGAAAAAAACCCAUCCACAUCCAUUUUUUGCAUGACAAACACAGGAUUUUAUACGUGUUUUGCAUGACAAAUUGGAUGGGGAUGGGUGUUUUUUCCUGGAUAUCCAGCUUGACCCAAGCGGAUAUGGUGCACUUUACGUGCAAGAUUCUGUUCAGCUUCGUCCGGGACAACAAUCUGGCGAUGAUCAAGGAGAGUUUGCAGUACUUGAAGGAUGUCAACGUUCGCGAUCGUUUUGGCGACUCGCUCCUCACCACGUGUUGUAAGUGCAAUCAACCCGACCUCCUCCGGUACUUUCUGGCGAUUCCGGAAAAGUGGGGCGGGGCUUUGUCGUUGAAGAAGGAAAUCAACGACGGCGCCAUUCUGUCCUUCGCGGCGCAGGCAAACUUCGCCUCGGACGUGGUGCAAAAGCUGCUCAAUGCGAACGCAGACCCAAAUCACAAGUUUUGGGUAACAACUUCCGCGUCGAGUAAGUCCGCGGAUCCCGCGAGCAAGGCGAAGUCGCUCGAGGCACCCUUGGUGUACGCAGUGGCGAACAACAGCGAGAAGGUGGUGAAAUUGCUGCUGAUAUCCGCCGCGAAUCCGAACUUGUACUCCCAGAUAUUUAAUUAGCGGCCCUUUCAUAAGUCCGGACCUUUCACCUCUUGUCACAUACCCAACGCUGAAGAAAAAAAAAAGAACUUUAAAUAGGUCGGAACGUGGCCAGGAGCUGCGUCUGCAGCUACUCGCUCUUGUGCAGCAGGCGCGCUUCCUUUAGUUCCGUACAAUAAAAGAAGCAAGAGGCUUGUUUACAAGGAGCCUACGCUUUAUCAGUGGCGUAGGCUUCUGAAGCAGCUUGCACAGGGAAAUAACGUGAUGGAAGAAGUAGAAACAGCCAGCCAAAGAAAGCUCUCGACAGCUCGGAAACUUUAGUCCCCGUCGGCUGCCACCCAAUGCAGUGCGCCGGGCGGCUUUGGUGUUUGUGUUUCCGUAUAAUAAACCACGCAAGUGCGUUGCGCAUUUGCGACGCCUGUUCCUUUGUCUAUCGGCGCCGCAUCUGCAACACCUUGCACAGUGUAGGCAUCAGGAAUACACAAACACGACAAAACAAGAAAACUGAUAGUCCGCACAUUUCUACAGGUUGUGACUGUGUAGGCGCGCGCAGUGUAGUAACUAAGCGGGCAGCUCUCGUUCUGGACCUGGAUGCGCCACGCUGCGCUGUACUGACUAAAUACUCAGGUGAGCGCUUCGGAGUGCUACGCGGGGGCGGCUGCUCUGCGGGGGGACUGCUGGAUGGAAGCUUAGGAGAAAAAUUUGCGCGGGGAGUAUUGGGGCAUGAACUUCGAGUAAGCAGCCCUCUGAAACGCACCAAAGCAGUGCGCGCGUACUUAGACGUAGAAAAUAGGUGGGCAAGCGGCGUAGAUAGGUUGCAAUGCUCGGGGGCUCGCACUGUAAGCAAAAUAAAAAAAGCCCGGGUAGGAAAAAUGCAUUUUGCGUUUUUUCCUACCCGGGGUUUUUAUUUUCAAAACCCCGGGUAGGAAAUAUUUAUCCGCUGCUCUGCACGUCUGUGAGGGUGAUAACAGCUGAUAAAUAUUUCCUACCCGGGGUUUUGAAAAUAAAAACCCCGGGUAGGAAAAAAAUCAAAACUCAUAUUUCCUACCCGGGCUUUUUAUUUUCAAAACCUCGUAUAGGCCCUCCGAAAUCUGGGCGGCGCGGCAGCGCCGCGAAUUUUUUUUUUUUUGGAUCGCGGAGAGCUAUGUGAGGUUUUGAAAACCAAAACCUCGUAUAGCCCCCUCGAAAUUCGGGCGGCGCGGCAGCGCCGCGAAGAUUUUUUUUUUUGGGUUCGCGGAGGGCUAUGUGAGGUUUUGAAAGCCAAAACCUCGUAUAGCCUCCUCGAAAUUUGGGCGGCGCGGCAGCGCCGCGGAGAAUUUUUUUUGGUUCGCGGAUAGCUAUGCGAGGUUUUGAAAAUCAAAACCUCGUAUAGCCUUCUCGAAAUUUGGGCGGCGUAGCAGCGCCACGAAAAGUAUAUUUCCUACCCGGGCCUUUUUUUUUCAAAACCUCGUAUAGCCUCUCCGAAAUCUGGGCGGCAUAUUUUUUUUUUGGUUCCCGGAUGGCUAUGUGAGGUUUUGAAAACUAAAACCUCGCAUAGCCCCCUCUAAAUUUGGGCGGCGCGGCAGCGUCGUGAAGAAUUUUUUUUGGUUCGCGGAGGGCUAUGCGAGGUUUUGGAAGCCAAAACCUUGGAUAGCCCCCUCAAAAUUUGGGCGGCGUGGCAGCGCCGCGAAGGAGUUUUUUUAUUUUGGUUCGCGGAGCGCUAUGUCAGGUUCCGAAAACCAAAACCCCACGUAAGCCUCAGGGGGUCGCAUCGGGUAAGUCGCGCCAACGCGCGGGCGCAGGGGCUGCAGCGCUGCAUUUGGUUUCUACCGUCAGUGGUGUGGGCCAGAAUGUGAAAAGUCAUUUGACCUGUGACCUUUAUGAAAGGGCCGCUAAUUACGUCAUGUAGAGUACUCGAAAACCAGUGCGCUUCGCUGGGCGGUUCGGAGUGACAACGCGCCGAUGGUAAACUUGUUGUUGCGGGCCGACGCGGAUAUCAUUUCGGAGGAACGCUUGCUGCUGCAGGAAGCAGAUUCUGAUCGGCUGCGGCAGUUCCUGCGAAACACAAUUCGGGCCGAGAAGAUACGGCUCGGCCAUAUCAUCGAUAAUGCUCUGCAGACAUAAAGCAGUACUCGUAUGCGACUUUGUUCUGCACGUGGCGGCGGGGCGCUGUUUAGAUUCAAAGCUGUCCCCGCAUCCGCACAAGAACUAGUGAUUUUGGUUUAAUUACAUGUUUCAGUUUCGCUCAGUAUUGAAU